GCUUGGCUGCGGGACAAACUUCCAGAGGCCUGGUUUUUUUCUCCCCCCUCGUUUCCAUCUCAUCGGUCGGUUUGAACGAGGAAAUGCGGCUUCGUCUCGCAGUGAACGUGUCAAACGGACCAGGAGCUAAUCGAUAAUCACCGUUUGGAGGACUGCUUUCAGAUUUUGCUAAACUCGAGCUGGUGUUUGGUGGCUUUUUUGAAAAUAGGCUGACAGUUCUUGCUGAGGACACCAGAGCCAUGAUGCACCUCUGAAGAUAUCUUGAUCACAUGGGCUCCUAUCCUGUGCUGACCCAAUGGUUUAAUCACCAGGACUAAAAAUGAGCAUAAGCAGUGAUGAGGUUAAUUUCCUGGUUUACAGAUACCUGCAAGAGUCAGGCUUCUCACAUUCAGCGUUCACCUUUGGCAUAGAGAGCCACAUCAGCCAGUCCAACAUCAAUGGAGCCCUAGUGCCCCCUGCUGCCCUCAUCUCUAUCAUCCAGAAGGGCCUGCAGUAUGUGGAGGCUGAAGUCAGCAUCAAUGAGGACGGGACCUUAUUUGAUGGUCGACCCAUCGAGUCGCUGUCUCUGAUCGAUGCUGUGAUGCCAGAUGUGGUCCAGACCAGGCAGCAGGCCUACAGAGACAAGCUGGCCCAGCAGCAGCAGCAGCAGCAGCAGGCGGCAGCAGGCAGUGGCAGCAGCACAGGGCCACAGGGAAGCACCAAGAAUGGAGAGGGUGCAGCCAACGGGGAGGAAAACGGAUCCCACGCCUUAGCCAAUCACCACUCAGAGAUGAUGGAGGUGGACAGGGAUGUGGAGAUCCCCCAAAGUAAAGCCAUGGUCUUGAGGGGCCACGAAUCCGAAGUUUUUAUCUGUGCCUGGAACCCAGUGAAUGACCUCCUUGCCUCUGGGUCUGGGGACUCGACGGCACGGAUCUGGAACCUGAGUGAGAACAGCACAGGCGGAUCCACCCAGCUGGUUCUGAGGCACUGCAUACGGGAAGGGGGCCAGGACGUACCCAGCAACAAAGACGUCACCUCACUAGACUGGAAUAGUGAGGGUACGUUGCUAGCAACAGGCUCAUAUGAUGGCUUUGCUAGAAUAUGGACAAAAGACGGUAACCUUGCCAGUACUUUGGGUCAGCAUAAAGGCCCUAUAUUUGCACUCAAGUGGAAUAAGAAAGGAAACUUUAUUCUCAGUGCCGGUGUAGACAAGACAACAAUUAUUUGGGACGCACACACAGGAGAGGCGAAGCAGCAGUUUCCUUUCCACUCGGCUCCUGCUCUGGAUGUAGACUGGCAGAGCAAUAACACAUUUGCAUCCUGCAGCACAGACAUGUGCAUCCAUGUGUGUAAGCUGGGUCAGGACAGACCUGUCAAGACUUUCCAGGGACACACGAAUGAAGUGAAUGCCAUCAAGUGGGAUCCCACUGGCAGCUUGCUGGCUUCCUGCUCUGAUGAUAUGACACUCAAGAUCUGGAGUAUGAAGCAGGACUCGUGUGUUCACGACCUCCAGGCCCACAGUAAAGAAAUCUAUACCAUCAAGUGGAGCCCCACAGGCCCCGGGACCAAUAACCCAAAUGCCAACCUCAUGCUGGCCAGUGCAUCCUUUGACUCAACAGUGCGUCUGUGGGAUGUAGAGCGUGGGGUGUGUAUCCACACACUGACCCGCCACCAGGAGCCCGUCUACAGCGUAGCCUUCAGCCCAGAUGGCCGGCAUCUCGCCAGCGGCUCCUUCGACAAAUGUGUCCACAUCUGGAACACUCAGACGGGUGCUUUAGUCCACAGCUACCGAGGGACAGGAGGGAUCUUUGAAGUGUGCUGGAACGCCACAGGGGACAAAGUAGGAGCCAGCGCGUCAGAUGGAUCGGUUUGUGUUCUAGAUCUGAGAAAAUGACGCACAACUGGGGGAGCCAUGGACCGACUACGAAUGUGUACAUAGCCAAAAUGACUGUCCCUGCCUGUCCGCCACACUGCUGUAGUCCCAUCAGAUGCCAUGGCCCGCCGUUACAGCCAACUGGAGCGUUCCCUCCCUCAUAUGUACACACAAGGACCACACAUACAGUUUUUACGCACAUGCAUCAGACAUACAACAGGUCUGUGUGGACGUUUGUGUUGCUCCACAGACCAGAAACAUUUCUUUGUUAUCACAUAGUAGAAACUUGUUGGACCCAUCACAAGCGAACCAAAACACCAGGAUUCUUCUUGCUUUCCUCUUUUUAUCCUUUGUAUCAGAAUUGUAAAGAUUUUUGUUCUCUGUUGGUGUGUGCAUAUUGCAUAUGUCAGCAUUUGGUGUCCUGUGGACAUUGUUGUGUUGAAUUAGAAUUUUACUGAUCUCUGUAGGUUUUCUAUUACAUGUGUGGUGGAAGAGAAGAGAGCAGUUGUUGAGUCUUUUAAAAUGGAUGUUCAAAGUUGUUGAUUGGGAGAUCCAUUAAUUUUCUUGUCUGCACUCUUUAAGGUUCAAAAAUACAGAUGUACAGCUCUGAAAACGAUUUAUAGUUUUGUCAACUCUAUUUUUAUCUAAUGAGUUUGUUUCAUUUUUUGCCAUUUUUUUAACAAAGUAUAAAGCAGUUAAUCAGAGGGUGGACUGCCCUUUGUUUGCAACUUUUAUCCUCAGAAAUAGUUUUCAGGUGAUCGCAAUUCAUCAGGUUAAGACGGAGCCCCAAGGAAUUCAAAAAACUCUUGGCCGAAAGAUAAUCCUUGCAACCGAAAGACAUCAAAGUGCAGUCAGCGUCAGGUUCCCGUCACUGACCACAGGUCGUCCUAGAUCUGUGUCUUGCACUUAUGAAUAGAUGGCUGUGCUUUUGUGUCAGUGGUGAGGUAACAGUAGCGGCUUGCUGACAGACAGGUUUGGGAAAACAGGCCCACAGCGGCUUGCAUUCAUCAGACGUGAACAAUUAAUGGUUGUAAUUGUGCUUGUUUCCUCAAUUUAUGGCUGGUUGCUAACCAAUGCUGAAUGAUAAUCAGACUAAGUCGGUCUAAUUGUAUCCUGUUUCCCCUGCUUGGUCAUUAUGCAUCAGGACGUCAUCUGGAGUGUCGCCUCCUCUGUAGGCACAGGAUCUGUGGUCGCCGCUUUUGCCAGACUAACGCAGCAUUCGCUCACAUCUCGGCCGAGGCGACGGUGCUGGAGUUCGGAUUACAGUUUGUCGCGUUCAGCGGCUGUUUGCAAAACUUUCACUCUGUAAGGCGUGCAGCUUUCGUGUCCGGUGUCGACCCAAGUACACACUACAGUCCCUGCUUUGGUUUGCUGUUGUCAGGCAGUUGUUGCCCAGCACUAACACACACAGACACACACACACACACACACACGUCCAUCACACACACACUCUCUGGAGACGGGCUGUUUUCAGGCCUAUGCACGGAUAGACGGCGCUUUUGUUUGUAGUGUUCAGAGUUGGCGUUUUGAGGCAAGUCUGUGCUUAUUGUUCAAAGCAGUCUCGCAGCAGCAUACGACUUGAUGCAACAUGGUAUCUGCAUAUAAAAUAUAUAAUGAAUUAAUUAUAAGCAGACACCAUGUUACAUAUAUAUAUAUAUAUAUAUAUAUAUAUAUAUAUAUAUAUAUAUAUAUAUAUAUAUAUAUAUAUAUAUAUAUAUAUAUAUGUGCUAUUACAGGGGAUUCUGUUCUAUGCCACUCCUAUGCUAAGGAUGGAUUUAACAGUAACUUUGUGAAGAUGCUUGAAAUACAGUUUGAUGUUUUUGAGCAUCAGUGAGGGUCGUGACCAUGAGGAAUGGUUUUCUUUUUUAUAAAAUACCAUUAAACAGUCAUAGCUAAAUUUUUUUAAAAAGCGACACUUUGAGAGGUGAUUUUUAUUAUUUUUUUCCUGCACUUUAGACUGAAAAUGGAGAAACAGGGAGGUGUGUUUAUUCAAGCCAUCAUAGACACAUCCGAUGUUCAAAAUGCUCUUAAAGAUGAAUCAGAAUUGAUGCAGAAAGCGUGCAGCGUUCCAUUGAGUAAAUAAGGGUGAAUAGUGUCUCGUCUGACUCCUUGGAUGCGCUAAGUAGAAACAAGCCAACUUCAUGGCAUUCCAGGUCUCAUCUCGCAGCCAUAUCCAAGAUCUAAACGGCUUGAUAGGUGCACACGACAUUUCAGACGUUUUGUUCCGAAUGUUACUUGUUUUAAAAACGAAAUUUUAUACCGAAGCUAAAGACUAUUUUGACAUUUGCUUUAAUACAGUCAGCAGUGAUUGGACUGUAUCACAAAGACACUAUUUCCGAUGAUGUCUAUGACAGUGGAAUGGUAUUUUAUAAUGGUUUGUUUUUAGAUAAGCUUUUUACACUGCAUUCAAGUGUGUUUGCUAUUUUUUGUUCCUACCGAAAGUACUAACGUUAAUUCUAUCUUUGCUAUGUUGGCGAGCCCUUGAAGGUUUUGUACUUAUCAAAACUUUUGUAAUUUUGAUUUAUUUGUAGCUACGUACUCAAAAUGAACAAAAAAUAGAGAAUCUGGAUUUAAUUGUUGAUGUAUUAUAACACGCAGAACAUGUAAAUACCAAUUUGCAGAUUUUUUUUUUUGUCUUUUCCCUCACUUAUGUUGUACUCUCUCUCUCUCACUCACAUGGUUGCAGUCUGCAGCCUCCUGAUCAGACUGUUGUAAUAUCACUCAGAUCUCAAGGUCUAGAAUAAAAUCUAUUUUGAUAAUA